UUCUUUCCUUAAUUAAUUUCCUCCAUCUUCAACCUUUCUCUCUCUAAAUCUGAUCGAUCAAUUUGGGUACAUUUUCAUUGAUUUUAAUUUCCAAAAAUAUGUUUAAUUUCUGAUUAAUCAAGAUUUCAUUAUUAAAAUCAUUUUUGAUUUUGCAACAGAUCAUCUCUGUUAUUGUUGUGGGGGCCGUUAGUGAUAGGCACGCCUGGCACUCUCAUAAUUCCCUCCAAACGCCUUUCUCUCUCUUCCUCUCUUUCACUUUCUCUCUCUUCCCCAAACCAUUGAAGCUCUCCGUUUCACAAUUUCUUCAUCAUAGGUUGAAUCUUUUUUGACUUGGCUUUGGAUUUGUAUCUUCUUCAUUUAAUAUAAGGUUUCUCUUGCCUGCUACUUUAGGCAAAUUUUUAGUUGUUGACAUAUUUGAAACUUUUACUUCUUACAAUAUGUCAGUUUCCCUGAGAGAUCUUGAUCCAGCAUUCCAGGGAGCUGGUCAAAAGGCAGGAUUGGAAAUAUGGCGCAUUGAGAAUUUUCGUCCUGUACGCAUCCCGAACUCUUCUUAUGGAAAAUUUUAUUCAGGAGAUUCUUACAUUGUUUUGAAGACAACAGCAUUAAAGAGUGGUGCAUUGCGUCAAGAUAUACAUUAUUGGCUUGGUAAAGAUACUUCUCAAGAUGAAUCUGGUGCUGCAGCUGUCAAAACUGUGGAGCUAGAUGCUGCUUUGGGAGGUCGUGCUGUUCAAUAUAGAGAGGUACAGGGCCAUGAAACGGAGAAGUUUCUUUCAUAUUUUAAACCAUGUAUUAUUCCCCUGGAAGGAGGAGUUGCAUCUGGAUUCAAGCAUCAUGAAGCUGAAGAAUACAAAUCACGCCUUUAUGUCUGUAGAGGGAAACAUGUAGUUCAUGUAAACGAGGUUUCUUGUGCCCGAUCUUCUUUAAAUCACGAUGAUAUAUUCGUUUUGGACACUGAAUCUAAAAUCUUUCAAUUUAAUGGCUCCAACUCUUCCAUUCAAGAGAGAGCUAAAGCGUUGGAAGUUGUUCAAUAUAUCAAGGACAACAAUCAUCAUGGAAAAUGUGACAUAGCUGCAAUCGAGGAUGGGAAACUAAUGGCUGAUGCUGAAUCUGGUGAAUUCUGGGGCUUUUUUGGUGGUUUUGCUCCACUACCAAGGAAAACAGCUAGUGAAGGUGACAAGAAUGCUGAUCCUACUACUCCUAAGCUUUUCCGCGUUGAGAAGGGACAGGCAGAAGUAGAAGAAGCUGAUUCUUUAACAAGGGAUGUGCUGAAUACAAACAAAUGCUAUAUUCUGGACUGUGGUGCUGAGGUUUUUGUAUGGAUUGGAAGAACUACCACUCUUGAUGAGAGAAAAAGUGCAAGUGGAGCAGCAGAUGAAUUGCUUCGUAGCCUUGAUCGUCCAAAGUCUCAUGUAAUCCGUGUAAUUGAGGGAUUUGAAACAGUGGCCUUUAAAACAAAAUUUGAUUCAUGGCCUCCAACUGCUGAGGUUGCUGUAUCUGAAGAUGGAAGAGGCAAGGUUGCUGCUCUUCUCAAACGUCAGGGUGUCAAUGUGAAGGGCCUUGUGAAAGCUGAACCUGCAAAAGAUGAGCCUCAAGUAUACAUUGACUGCACGGGACAUUUGCAGGUUUGGAGAGUAAAUGACAGUAAGAAGAAUCUCCUUUCUGCUUCUGAACAAUCGAAGUUCUACAGUGGAGAUUGCUACAUCUUUCAGUAUUCAUACCCAGGAGAAGAUAAGGAGGAGCAUCUUAUUGGGACAUGGUUUGGCAAGCAAAGCAUUGAGGAGGAACAAACAUCAGCCACAACCCUGGCGAGCAAGAUGGUAGAAACAAUGAAGUUUAUGCCAACUCAGGCUCGGUUUUAUGAAGGAAGUGAACCAAUCCAGUUCUUUGCUGUGUUUCAAAGCUUUAUUGUUUUCAAGGGUGGACUCAGUGAAGGAUACAAAAAAUACAUUGCUGAGAAGGAGAUUCCUGAUGAUACAUACACAGCUGAUGGAGUUGCUUUGUUUCGAGUUCAGGGUUCUGGACCUGAUAAUAUGCAAGCUAUUCAAGUAGAUCCGGUUCCAUCAUCUUUAAAUUCGUCAUACAGUUACAUACUACAUAGUGGCUCAACUGUAUUUUCAUGGUCUGGAAAUCUCACGUCAGCAGAGAAUCAGGAACUUGUUGAGAGGCAGUUGGAUAUCAUCAAGCCAAACUUGCAGUGCAAAACACAAAAAGAAGGAUCAGAGUCUGAACCAUUCUGGCUGUUGUUAGGAGAGAAAACCGAAUAUCCAAGCCAGAAGACUGCUAGACAACCUGAAAGCGAUCCUCAUUUAUUUUCUUGCCAUUUCUCUAAAGGAGAUUUAAAGGUGGUAGAAAUAUAUAACUUCUCUCAGGAUGAUCUAAUGACUGAAGAUAUAUUUAUAUUGGAUUGUCACUCGGAUAUCUUUGUGUGGGUUGGACAACAAGUGGAUUCCAAGACCAAAAUACAAGCUCUGACAAUUGGGGAAAAAUUCGUGGAGCGUGAUUUUCUUCUAGAGAAGCUCUCCCCUAAAGUGCCUGUAUACGUGGUCAUGGAAGGGAGCGAACCCCCUUUCUUCACUCGCUUUUUCACAUGGGACUCAGAAAAAUCUACUAUUCAUGGAAACUCAUUCCAGAGGAAAUUAGCAUCACUAAAGAACGGAGGGACCCCUUCUGUGAAUAAACCAAAGAGGAGAACACCUACAUCCUAUGGGGGAAGGUCUAGUGUGCCAGAUAAAUCACAGGGUCGUUCAAGGAGUAUGUCUUUCAGCCCAGACCGUGUCAGAGUGAGAGGCAGGUCUCCUGCAUUUAACGCACUUGCUGCUACUUUUGAAAGCCAAAAUACCAGGAAUCUUUCUACACCACCUCCAACUGUUAGAAAGCUUUAUCCAAAAUCAGUCACCCCAGAUUCUGCUAAUCUAGCUCCAAAAGCUGCUGCUAUUGCAGCACUUACUUCAACUUUUGAGCAAACUCCACGAGAACCUAUUAUACCCCGCUCUCGUAAAGUGAAUGCAGAAUCCCCUAAAGAAACAUCGACACCAACACCGGAGUCACUUUCAAAGGAGAAUUCCAUGGGCAGCAUACAAGAGGAUUCUAAGGAGAAUGACGCUGAAGAUGAGGAGGGACUCACAAUAUACCCGUAUGAACGUCUGAAGACAAUAUCAACUGAUCCUCUUCCUGAUAUUGAUGUCACUAAGCGGGAGACUUACCUCUCUGCUGCGGAGUUCAAGGAGAAAUUCGGGAUGCCAAAAGAAACUUUCUAUAAGCAACCAAAGUGGAAACAGAAUAAGCUGAAAAUGGCGUUGCACUUGUUUUAAGUAUGUUCAACAGGUCUCAGUUUUUCCUGGAAUUGCGUGUUGAAGGAUCUUGCCUUAUGAAAUCUUGAAACUUCAUUCAUGUUGGUGUGAAGGGACAGCAUCAGUGUUUUUAGGCUGCUUCAGCUCCCAAUAACUUAUAUCUUUUUCUUUUUCGUAAUAGAUGGGGUUCUUACUUAGCUAAUUUGUUUGUCCAAAUAUAUUUUUUACCCUGACCCCCCUGCAUGGAGCGGGUGGUUAGGUACUUAGUCUCGAUUCCUUCAUUUUAGUUCUGUCAUAUUCUUUAGGGUCACAGCAUGGUUGUGAGCUUGCAUUUUUGUUUAAAUUCCAUCGGAGUCUUCGUUCAAAGACUGAUUGAAGAGGGAUUAUAGGAUUUUCAACGUCAGUGCCGUUUAGGUCGUACUGAAGAGCCAAGGGGUUAAUGGUUUGUACUUUGUACAGAAGAGUGUAAAAAUCUAGUCCAUUAUUUAUAAUAAUGUGUGAAAAAUUCAUAACUACAGUACCAUAGAUGCUGAAUUUCUCUAUUAUUGUCCGGUCAGAAUAAUCGAUGCAGAUUUUCGGAUA